CACGAAAUAAUUCUGACGCAUUGAACGUUCAUCAACAGACCAGAAACUUGUGUUUGAAUUAAUCAAUCCAGCGGGUAGUAAUCUUGGCCUCGGUCCAAGUUGCAGCUCUCCCCGCAGAUCACCACCAACUUUCUCCAACUUACAUCUCCCACCUAACAUUCCACGAAACAUCACCUUUACUCUGUAAACAACACAAAGAACAACCAAAAUGCUCAUUAUAGGCCUCACCGGCUCCAUCGCGACCGGCAAAUCCACCGUCUCCUCCAUCCUCUCCGCAGCACCCUACUCCCUCCCCAUCAUCGACACCGACCUUAUCGCCCGCAAAGUCGUCGAGCCCGGCACCCCAGGCUACAAAGCCAUCGUGAACUACUUCGGCCCAACCACCCCGGAUCUCCUCCUCCCAGCAUCCAAUCCCAAUGACACAACAACCACAAACCGCCCCCUCAACCGCCCAGCACUAGGCCGUCGCGUCUUCGGCACCACCGAAGCUCGUAAGCGAGACCGCGCCAUCCUCAACAAGAUUGUGCACCCGGCCGUACGGCGCGAGGUCUACAAAGCGCUGCUAUACUACUACGUGCGCGGCCACUGGGCGGUGGUCCUGGAUGUGCCGUUGCUGUUUGAGAGCGGGAUGGAUCUGCUGUGUGGGACGGUGAUGGUGGUGGGGGUUUCGGAUCCGACGGUGCAGAUGGAGAGGUUGAGGAAGAGGGAUGCGCAUCUUACGGCGGAGGAUGCAGAGAAUCGAGUGAGGAGUCAGGGGGAUGUGAAGGGGAAGGUGGAGAGGGCCGAGUAUCGGGGGGUGAAGUCGGCGAGGGGCGUGGUGGUGUGGAAUGAUGGGGAUAAGGGGGAGUUGGAGAGUGAGGUGCAGAGGGCGAUGAGGGUGGUCAGGAAGAGUACGCCGCAGUGGUGGGCUUGGAUGUUGUGGUUGGUGCCGCCGGUGGGUGUGGCGGUUGCGAUGUGGAAUUUGGGGGUGAAUUUCUGGUUGAAGAGGGGGUGGGAGAAGAGGGAGAGGGAGGUGAAGGCGAAGUUGUAGGUAUAGAUAUAGCUGUGGUUAUGGGGGUAGGGUUGGUGGGUGUGAAUUGGUGUGCUGGUGCUGGUACUGGAUGUAAGCUGUAUGCUUCGUGUUAAUGAUAUUACAUGCUGGUGAUAACGCCGGAUUGCUUAGUCGUCGCCUGGAACACCUGUUGGUGACUGCCUAGGGAGGUAUAGCUGGUUCUCGGCGUUCAGUCCCACGCUCACAUCAUGAUCAAUUUCACUGAGAGAAAUUUCCCUUCACCUCUACUCACUGCACAGGAAGGGUGUGACUGAAUGAAUAUCUCGCUUUUAGCAUUCGAGUACAGAGCUUUACAAGAUAGUGCAUUUGGUG